AUGGUCAAAGCCAUCGCGCAGAGGGAGGCUGCGUUGGGGAUCGCACGUGCAGUGUGGGGGUCCGGACGUCAAGAACCUCGCGCUCAGGGGGUUGGACUGAUAGCACCUCAGCCUGGAGGAAGCCCGAGGGCGAACUGAUUCUAAGUUUCUGACAAAUUGUCAGCAAUUGACGCCACGAGCUGCUAUACUUUUUUGUAUCAAGCCUGAUUAGAUUUCACAUAUUGUUUUUGUUCUUAUCUACGCCAAAUCAAUAUCAACGUUUCUUGAAGGGGAUUAGACUGCUAUAUAUAGCGUCCAAGGGGGAGAAAGGGUCCGUGCGUGCUAGCCUGAAUCGGCGCCUCAAAUCCUUGCAGCAAAGGCCGAAAAGAACACAAGCGGACAGCCAUCCUCAAUUGACACGUGACGCGGAGGGGGGCGGCCCACUCGACGUGACCGCGCGUCUGCAGCACGCUCGAGUAGGCUACAGGCCACCUCUUUGCCACAGCCCACCACAACGAGUGCUGACACGACAGAGUGCACGCGGUUGGUCGGAUCGAUCCACGUGGAUGAGUACCGACCGGUGACGGUAGUCGACUCGAUCAGAUCCCUUGCAAUUGUGAUACUUGGCGUGGUCAAAUGUAUGUCCUAGCCGUGAUCUGAUCUGAUCGAGUUGCGCCAGGCUCAUGACCGAGAUCCGUGAUCUCCUCGUUUGCAGCUCUAGAGGACCACUACAAAGGGAAACGUACCCAUGGCAAUAUUAGGGAUGUGAAUGUCGUCGUCGAUGAGAACGGCCGAGGCGUCCUCCUCGAGCGCAACCCCGUUGUGCUCUCGAUUUGGGACGAUCCGUUGUACAAGCUGGAUCGCGAGAGGCUGCACGACGACUGGGACAAGGAUGAAGAUCGUAACGAAGAUGAAGACAAAGUGCAUGAUGAGGACGAGAAUGAAGAUAAGAAUGAGGACGAGGACGAGGAAGAGGAGGACGUUUCAAACUACGUCAGUAUGCUGUCUCUCGCCCGAGCUGGGGCGAUUCUCUCUUUGAUCGGCGCCCGUUCCCAACAGGCUGGCGACGCUUUCUUGACGCAAAAACAGCUCGUUGUCGACGAGUUGGGGCCGUUCCCUGUCUGCCCCUGGCACGACAUUGAAGCUUUGACUUACGUCGCCUGCUGGGUGACUUUUGUCUGGGCACGGGAACAGACCGAAGAUCCCGAGCUCAAUGCGCUGGGACUUUCGAACUGGCGGGAAUGGCGCUGCCUUGACUACGCUUUAAUGAGCAAAGAUCAUGCGUUGCGUCGGCCGGAACGUUCGCUGAAGACCUUUAUCCGGCCCUUUGAGAAGAAGUGGCCGGGCUUCGUCGAGUUUAUUUGGAUCUUACGCGAUUACUGUGGGCUCGGCAUGGAUUACGAAACAUCGAUGUUGGGGAAGGAGGAACUGGAGCUCGAGCGUAGAUGGGCCGAUGGGUUGCUCUCCUACGCCACGUUGAUCGAGGAUCUCGAAUUCUUCAUCGACAGCUAUGCGAAGAACUAUGGUUCCAGAAUCUCGGUGUGA